UGACAACGAUUCCAAUCAAUCCAAAUUUCAUAUUCGCAAUGACAUACAGUGAGUUUCCAAACAGAUACCUAAACAAAUAUUCUUUCUUACGAGAUUUAAUUUUUCGUGCAAUAUGUUGAACAGAGACAAGUGUGAUCGUAUCAUCAGUCACUGCGAUGAGGAGAAACCAAGUUUCCAAUCCAAAGUCUGGUGGAAUAAAUUGUUCAAGAAAUUGGAGGAGGAGUCAUCAAUUGCUCCUGAAAAAAGAUUGGAAGUACUUGAAGCUAUUUUUCCUAAUCACCUUCUGAGACGUAUCGUUGAUCUAAUUGAUUUAGAUCAGAAGAGUAAAGAAAAAUUGAAAGGAUUAGCUGCCUUGAAAUUCCCAUGUGAAGGCCCUCUUACAUUUCCACCUAUAGCGCCUGCUGACCGAUAUGCACCUAGAGAAUCCAAAGCAAAAAUUAGCCUGGACAAUAUUUCUGUGUCAAUUUCCAGAACUACAUCUAGCAUGGAAAACCAAGUACCAUUGAAGCAGGUUGGAAAAAAAAAUCCCUACAUGAAAUUUUUCCAGACAAGGCAUGAUCGAGCAUCAAUAUGGAGGCCUAUGCCUCCUCUAUCACUAGCAGAUAUGAAUCUAGUGCAAAAAGCGGAUGCAAUUACGGAAAGAAUUGCCGAGGAAUUUGUAAAAUGGCUUCAGCAAAUGGGUGGUGAAGCCACCUCUAACUUAUCAGUUCAAACAAUAAUAAGUAUGUUUGAAAUUGGAUUUAACACUCAUGCGGCAAAAUCAUUAUGUGUUCGCUUGAAAGAGAUGCCAACAGUUACAGAUUUGGUGGCAAAGAAAAGGAAUGUACCAGGGAUGGCGAAGCGGGCCAGUCUUCUGCGACAGAUCCAUAGGGAUAUCGAGGCGAGCAAAAUGGAACCUAAAAGGAUAGCGUUUGGCAGAUCUCUACCGUCAUACAUGCAACGUGUCCCUAACAAGGAAGAUAUCGCUAAAAAAUGGCUAGAAUGUAAGAAUGUUCCGAUGAAGUUGAAAACGAUGCAAACUGUUUGGGAAGGCAUCACCCAUUUGAGAUCAACGAGAGCAUAUUGCGAAUGGCUAGUCAAUCACCCAGAGAUAAAACCACCGCAGUUUCUGGUCGAAAACAAUAUGUUGGAUCUUUUGGUUUUGCAAGCUCAGAGACCAUCCUUCGACGAGGAAGAUGCCGUUGACGUUGAAGAUAUAGCAGCUGGUGCCAGUGAUCUGAUGAUAAAGGGCUUCUCACGACCAGACCUGGUUUCCAAGAUGGAUGUGGCUAUGGCUAGUACCAUGGAUACUAGAGGCGACUGAAUAUCGAAAAGAUUAAAAUAUAGUUGUGGCCCAUAAGAAUAUAUGAUACCAAUAUUA